GCAUGCUGAUUCCAAAACCUAUCCAGUGAUACGGGCGUCGGACUCAGAGCCUAAAAAAGAUAAUAAAAAUCAUCGUCAGGAAACAAUAUAGGAUUCAAGAUUCACUCAGUGUCGCUGAUCCAAUCUGAGAGAAGCUAGCCGUUAUGCCUACUCCUCCGGAUGAAGCUGGCGAUGCCCAGACGGGUGAAGUUGCCAUGGAGACCAAUACUGAUCCUCCGCCCUCAGAGACUGAAUCAGGAGCUGAUAAAACUCAAGAUGUGGAGCAAGCAGAGGACCAUACCCACCAAUCCUCUGUUGCCGUUCCUUCCGAUCCUACCUCAGAACCUCUUGGUCCCCAACAACCUGUCUCACUGCACCCCUCUUGCACCCCUAGUGACCAAACAAUACCUUUAGAGGGUGAGGCGCAAAUGCCUUCUGAGCAGUACCCCUCACUUGUGACACACAUAUCACAUGAUCAACAACAAUCUGAAGACACAGCUCUUAAAGUGUCUGCUGAAAUUGCUAUUGAUUCAUCAGUUCUAGCCCAAUUAGAAACAGAAUUACAAGACAUUGCCACUCCAGCAGAGUCUGAACAUGAUGUUCAUGUUAAAACAGAAGAAAUCAAAGCAGAAAUACAAAAUGAAAAUACCAGUGACUUUGAAAAUAUGCAAACAAAAGAAGCAAAUGCCUCAGACACUUCACAAUCUGACGGUUCAUCCACAAGGGCACGCACUAAGAGAUCUGCGUCUAUAGAAAUGUUUGGCUCUUUCUUCCCUGAGCAGAAUGUAAAAGUGGGUUCUAAGACCAGAAACAGAGGGGGCCCUCAAGGGAUGUAUGUUCCUGGAGCAAGGGUGAAAAGGUCAGGAUCAGUAGAAAUGUUUGGCUCGUUCUACCCAGCUCACAAAAUUGGAGCUGAUUCAGUUUCUGGAAAUAGUGGAAAUCUGCAACGUGUUUCUGUUCCAGGAGCAAGGGUAAAAAGGUCAGGAUCAGUAGAAAUGUUUGGUUUCUCUUUUCCAGAAAAGAAAAAAGAUGAAAAUGUAGAAGAUGAUUUUUCAGAUACUGACAGUGUGAAGAGUGGUAGUAUGCGCAGAUUCUCUAUACCCCAAGCACGCACUACAAGGUCAGGAUCAGUGGAAAUGUUUGGGUUUUCUUUCCCUGAAAACAAAAACGAGGAUGGUUCAAAUAUGAGGGAAAGUGACAAAUUGCCAAGGUUUUCCGUUCCUCAGGCAAGGGUUAAAAGGUCUGGCUCUGUAGAGAUGUUUGGGUCCUUCUAUCCAGUUGGCAAAGAGCCCAGGGAGAGAUCGAACAGUGAUGCUAGUCAAAAGAGCGAUCAGCUUGAACCAAAGUCUGUUCCUUAUGCACGAGUUAAACGGUCUGGGUCUGUCGAAAUGUUUGGGUCCUUUUACCCAAGCGACAAGGCGGGAAGAAGCACAGAGGUUGUUGAGGAUGUUGAAGAGAAAAAUGGAUGUCAAUCCUCUUGUGAGAAACCUGCCAUCAUGAACCAAGGUAGUGCUUCAUCACUGCAUGCUAUAGUGGAAGCUGAUGAUGAUCGUGCAGGAGUACAAGAUGGGACAGAUACAGGAGGAAGAACUAGACUGCAACCAUUGCAUGUUCCAAGAGCAAGGGUAAAGAGGUCAGGUUCAAUAGAAAUGUUUGGCUCAUUUUACCCUCCUCAAAAUGCUGGAGCAGAUUCAAGGUCUGGGGCAAGCGGGAAGCUCUCUCCCAUCUCUGUACCUGGGGCUCUUUCCAUCUCUGUACCUGGGGCACGGGUAAAGAGGUCAGGGUCUGUUGAAAUGUUUGGUUUCACUUACCCCGAGAAGAAGCAAGAUGAAGGUAUUGAGGAUGAUUCUCUAGAAAGUGAUGCUCGUAAUCGUGUGGUGCGACGAUUUUCUAUUCCUCAGGCACGUACCACAAGAUCUGGCUCAGUAGAGAUGUUUGGAUUCUCUUUCCCUGAAAAGAAAAAUGAAGGUGAUACAGAUGAAGACAUCCCUGAUAAUGCAGUUGAAAGGAGAAGUGAAGUCCGAAGAUUCUCUAUCCCCCAAGCACGUACUACCAGGUCUGGUUCAGUAGAAAUGUUUGGCUUUUCUUUCCCUCAAAGUAAAAUUGGUGAAGGUGAGAAUGCAGAAAACACUAUGAAACACCAAAGUAGAUGUCCAUGGGCAAGAGUGAAAAGGUCAGGUUCUGUUGAAAUGUUUGGAUUCUCUUACCAAAAGAAGAAAUCAGAUGCAAGUUCUGGUGGGAGAGAUCGCUCAGAGAGUGAAGGUAGCAGUGACUCUAUGCAACGGUUUUAUGUGCCCCAAGCACGCACCAAAAGGUCUGGGUCGGUAGAAAUGUUUGGAUUCUUAUAUCCUGAAAACAAAAUCGCAGAAGGAUCGAAUGGAGGCCGUCUACGACCAAAGUUUGUUCCCAGAGCUCGAGUCAAAAGGUCUGGGUCAGUUGAAAUGUUUGGCUUCGGCUAUCCACCAGACAAAACCGAGGGAGGUUCAGAAGAUAUUUCUGAUGGUGAUAAUCAAAGUAUUGUCCGACGCUUUUCAAUCCCUCAAGCACGUACCACAAGAUCAGGGUCAGUUGAAAUGUUUGGAUUCUCCUACCCUGAGAAGAAAAGCAAUGAAGAUCAACAGGAUGAUGAUGAAGAUUCUGAUAACGUCAGGCGAGCAAGUGGGGAAAUGCGAAGAUUUUCUAUACCCCAUGCACGCACUUCAAGGUCAGGGUCGGUGGAAAUGUUUGGAUUUUGUUAUCCUGAAAAGAAAGAUGAUGGUUCAGAGCAUGAACAGGGUAGUAAUUUGCGACGAUUUUCUAUCCCCCAAGCAAGGGUAAAAAGAUCCGGGUCCUUAGAGAUGUUCGGUUUCUCUUAUCCUGAAAAUAAAAAUGGGUCAGGUUCAAGUGUUACAGGAAGUGGCAAUCUGCCAAGGUUUUCCAUUCCCCAUGCAAGGGUUAAAAGGUCUGGGUCUGUUGAAAUGUUUGGGUCGUUCUAUCCAGCUGCUAAAGAUUCCAGGGAGAGAUCAGACAGCGACGAAAGUCAAAAGAGCAAUGAUCGUGAUCGAAGAUCUCUUCCCUUUGCUCGUGUUAAAAGGUCUGGAUCUGUAGAGAUGUUUGGGUCCUUCUACCCAUCUUACAAUAGUGGAAGAAGCAGAGCGAAUAGUGACGGUAGUGAUCAGGAUGAUCUUCAAACUUCCUCUGUGCAACCUGAUGUCUCAACCACAAAUGACUCUUCAGUGUCUUUGCUUCCCAUUGGUGAGGCCGAUGAUGAUCAUGUAGAGGAAGAGCUACCCGCUUCCCCACAACCAACUCCUGAUGAUUCUAAUGAAGCAAAUGCAGAAGACUUUAUAGAUGAUUCCAUUGCUAGACCUCGUACUGUACGAUCAGGGUCUGUGGAUAUGUUUGGAUUCAUUUAUCCGGAGGAUCAGAAUGUUAGUGAAAUUCAAAGAAGGCCAUCGCAGCCAAUUGUGGUUCCACAGGCUAGGGUUAAAAGGUCUGGAUCAGUAGAAAUGUUUGGCUUUUCAUAUCCUGAAUACAAGAAUGGUGAAGCUUUAGACACUGCUGCUGGUGGAGAUAAUCAAUUAGAACAAGUCCCAAUGGCAAGGGUUAAGAGAUCAGGAUCAGUAGAAAUGUUUGGGUUCUCAUAUCCAGCAAGAAAAGGUGCUGAAGAUUCAGAAGAUAGCGAAAACUCAGAUAGUUAUGGUCAAAAGAAUAGUCAAGUUAGAAGGUUUUCUAUCCCUCAAGGACGGUCUAAAAGGUCUGGAUCUGUAGAAAUGUUUGGCUUCUCAUUCCCUGAAAAGAAAAGUGAGGAAACCCCAGAAAGUGAACCUCAAUUGGAAAGUGAAGGUCAAAAUCACAGUCAGGUCCGCCGCUUCUCUAUUCCGCAAGCACGCACGACUAGGUCAGGUUCGAUUGAAAUGUUUGGAUUCACCUUCCCAGAAAGCAAAACCGAUGAUGAAGGACAAAGGGUCCGUUGUCAAGUCAAGUCUCCUUGGUUUAGAGUAAAACGGUCAGGGUCAGUAGAAUUGUUUAGUGGUUCAUUUACAGCACACAAGAGGGUUGGGCUUUCAAACAAUGCAGACAAUGUAGAUCAAAAUACUGAUAACCAAAACACCUCUGUUGAGCCUGACGAUAUCAUUGCAGAAGAUGAAGCAGAGCAUGCAGAAGAAGAGCGACCAGCUUGUCCUAGAAAUUCAACUGGGCUCCCUGCUGAAACAUUGUCCCACCUUGCCACCAUGGCAAAUUUAUCCUCAGAAUUUGAGUCAACUCCUGAAUCUGACCUACCAACCACCCAAGUCCUUGAACACUCCAACCCACAAACGGACAAUACACAACAAGCAGAAAAAGAACACACAGAGUCCAAAAAUUCUCAAGACCUUACACAAGCUCCUAGAAAAGAUUCUGAGUCAAUCAGCAGUGCUGAUUUUGUCAUGAUCCAACAUGACGAUUUCUGGAAAGAAGUGAAAAGAGAUUUACCCAAGGAUGGGGGUAAAGAGAAAGAUUUGGAGAAUGUCAGAGAGGGGAAAAAUGAUGGAGAAGCUGUAUCACAUAGUGAGCUUCCAGGAAAUCAAGAAAGUGAUCGAAAUGCUAAUGGAGCUAAUAGUAAUCACGCUGUAACUGAGGAAACAACAGAACCUGUGGUCAGAAUUGAUGUUCCAACGGUGUCUGUCACGGUCCAAAUCAGAGAUCCCAAAGAUGAAACAGCCGUUGAUGGACAAGCUGCUUCAAAUGCAGCGGAAGCGGAAGAUCAGGUUUCUGAUAUGCCGCCCUCUGCUGUGCAAAGACGGGUCAAGGGUGAAGCAAGUGCCGACGAGAGCAAACGAAGAUCGCUGAUGCUGUGGGUAGAUCCAGAUCUGGUGCAGACGGUUCGACCCGACCAGAGUACAAAGAGUCCACAGCAUUCGCCGGAAGACAUCCCUUCGGAUCUGAAGAGGCUGAAGAAGGUUAUAAGGAAGGAGCGAUGGGCAAGUGAAACAGAACAUGAGGUUCGCAAGGAGAUGUGGAAGAAUCUUUGUCUCCAGAACAGCGCAGGAGCAUCUGUGUCCCAUGUCUACCAGGAAGUCGAAGAAGGACUCUUUGGGAAAGGGCCAGACUCAAUUGACCCAUCAUCCAUCACCCUACCCAGCUUUGUGGACCCUGACCACUCUGCCGCCUCCUACGCCCUCAAGUCGGAGGGUCAAGCCCGACUCAACCGCCUCCUCUGCGUACUCGCCGACACAAGACCCGACAUCCUCUUCUGUCCACUGCUGGCGCCUUUGGCUGGCAUGCUUCUGCAUUACAUGAGUCCGGAAGAGGCCUUUGACAGUCUCUCGGCGCUCCUAGGAAGCACCCGCUACAAGUUCUUGGAGGUGUCCUGGGUGGAACACGAAUCCUUCAGGAUCAGUUUUGAGAAGCUGGCUGCAAGGUUUGCGGCAUCAGCUCAUAAGAUGUUUAUCAAGCAAGGAGAUGUCUCGGAAAUCUAUAACGACUGGAUAUGGUGGAUACUUGAGGAUCUGCCUUUCUCACAUAUCAUUCGAGUGAUGGACUGCUAUUUAUCAGAAGGACUGAAAAUCUUUUACCGAGUGGGGCUGGCCAUUCUCAUGCUUUACAAGAAACAUAGAGGUACCGCAGAGGCGCCCGAUGGCGUAGCUGCUUCUAUCCGAGAAUUUGUCAGGACCAUUCCAGUCAGCCCAAACACUCUCCUAACAGUUGGAUUCCAGUUCCGAGGUUUGUCUAGGUCUGUCAUAGGAACAUAUCAGACAAAACACAAAGAGACGCUACGAGAAGACAAUUCACCGUACAGGGCCGCUAGCAGAAGACAGAAUGAUGGCAUCACCAAGCUUAACCACAUAAAUUCAUGUAUAAUCUCCCAUCAACAGCUGCACACUCUAUGGAGCUGGGUUCCAAGUCGGUUUAGCAUCUAUCAACCGAGGUUGGUCUUCACGACACAAGAGCAUGGAUUCUCGUUGACGACCUUCUAUACAAGGUGUGAAUACUGUGAGCCUACCAUUCUACUCAUCAAGACGUCGGACCAAGAGAUCUUUGGAGCUUACCUAUCAGCAAGCUGGAGCACCCGAAACGACGGAGACCAGAAGGGUAUCUACUUCGGCACCGGCGAGAGCUUCCUCUUCAGCUUCGCACCAGAAGAAAAGAAGUACCCCUGGGUCGGGAUCCUCCCCAAGGAAGAAACGAAGGAGGAGGUGGAGAAAGAAGAGAAGAAGGAGGAGGAGAAAGAAGAGAAGGAGGAGGAGAAGGAGGAGGGGGAGGUGAAG